AAGUACUCAUUGAAACGCUCUUGUGUGAUGUGGAAGAAAUUAAAAGCUUUGUCUCGAGCUUUCCUUUGAUUCUCUCUGUUUCGACCUUCGAUAUAUUCCUUCGCUUUCUCUCAGCCGAUCAAUUUUAGGGUUCGUUCUAAUCGAUCACCGACACUCACUGAAUUUUCAAAUUUACAAUCUACACUGGUUCUGGAGUAAUCCUGUGGUUGAUAUUGCUAAUUGGUACUUUGAAGGUAUAAACUGUAUGUGUUUGAUCAGUAGGGAUCAAUUUUGGGCAGAAAGUAUAUUGACAAUGACGUUAAGCGAGUUCUGAGAAUGCAUAUCAUGGGGUUUUUAGGAUGAAGUUUUCUUUGCUUGUUUCCAAAUGGACUUGUGGGUGAGCUCUAAAUAUUAUUCAAUGGACUUACCUUCUGUGAUCGGGUAGUGUUUUUGGUACUGCAAUUUCUGUACUACAAUGCAAAAGGAUAUCUAUUAAUCCAUGGAUGAUGAUAGAGCAUCUAGUCCUCCUAGUUGGGAGGACAAAAAUCCAACUGAGAUGGCCGAGUCCCGUGUUUUCAUUAUUUCUUGCUUUAUUGCUGCAUUGGUUGGUAUUAUCACUAUAGCUUACACAGCAUUCCAAUGGAGAAGGAACAUUAGUUUAAGUUGGAUGAAAGCCAUAGCAAGGUCAAAGAAAAACCCUAAGGCAAGGAACAAGGUUCCUGUAGCUCCUCAUUCAUGGAAUAUGGACUGUCUGUCUCGUGGUAAGAAUUUGUGUUGUUGUGUUUGCUUAAAAUCGUUGUCUCCUUCUCAAGCUCUCGGGCCAAUGGUGGCUUCAGAUGGUUUUAUUCACCGUUGUAGUAUUUGUGGAGCAGCAGCCCACCUUAGCUGCUCUUCGAACGCACACAAGGACUGUAAGUGUGUUUCUAUGAUAGGUUAUGAGCAUGUGAUGCAUCAGUGGGCUGUUCGAUGGACAGAGAGCACAGAUCAACCUGAUGAAACUUCAUUUUGUAGUUAUUGUGAAGAGCCAUGUAGUGGGUCUUUUCUCAGUGGGUCUCCUAUAUGGUGUUGUUUGUGGUGUCAACGACUUGUACAUGUGGACUGCCAUGGUAAUAUGUCAAAUGAAACAGGUGAUAUUUGCGAUUUGGGUCCAUUUCGAAGGUUGAUUUUGUCACCACUUUAUGUUAAGGAAUUGAGCCGAGGUUCACCAGCUGGAUUCCUGAGUUCAAUCACGCAUGGUGCAAAUGAGAUUGCUUCCUCAGUCCGUGCAAGUAUUAGGAGUCAAAGCAAGAAGUACAGGCAUAGUAAUGAACCCUCUGUUGAUGCAAAUAAUUCUGCUGAUACAAGUAAUAAUUGUAAUGCCUGUGACACAUCCACUGAAAGCACUGUUGAGUCAACUCAUACAGUAAGUGGUUCUCCUGCAAUGGAGGAAAGCUGUAAUGGUAGUGUAUCUUAUCAGGAUGGUGAUGUUGAUAAAAAUAUGGAUUUGAUGCCUAGUUUUAAAAGAAGUGGGUCAGUCAAUCAGAAGGAUGAAUCUCAGAUAUUGGGUAUGAAACUGAAAUAUGAGUUAAUUGAUUUGCCACCUGAUUCGAGGCCCUUGCUAGUUUUUAUCAAUAAGAAGAGUGGGGCUCAACGUGGGGAUUCUCUCAAACAACGUCUGAACCUUCUCUUGAACCCUGUCCAGGUAAUUGAGUUGAGCUCCAUACAGGGACCAGAAGUUGGUCUUUACUUAUUCAGAAAGGUGCACCACUUCAGAGUUCUUGCAUGUGGGGGAGAUGGGACUGUUGGUUGGGUUUUGAAUGCUAUAGACAAGCAAAAUUUUGUUUCUCCACCACCUUUGGCUAUUCUUCCUUCUGGAACUGGAAACGAUCUGGCUAGAGUAUUGUCCUGGGGAGGUGGUUUAGGCUCGGUGGAGAGGCAGGGGGGUCUUUCUACGUUAUUGCAACAGAUUGAGCAUGCUGCAGUAACCAUUCUUGACAGGUGGAAGGUAGCCAUUCUCGGCCAACAGGGGAAGCAACUCCAUCCUCCAAAAUUUAUGAACAACUAUCUUGGUAUUGGCUGUGAUGCUAAGGUUGCCCUGGAUAUCCACAACUUACGGGAAGAAAAUCCAGAGAAGUUCUAUAACCAGUUCAUGAAUAAAGUUCUUUAUGCAAGAGAAGGUGCUAAGAGCAUCAUGGAUAGGACAUUUGCAGAUUUCCCUUGGCAAGUUAGAGUAGAGGUGGAUGGUGUUGAGAUAGAAGUCCCAGAGGAUGCUGAAGGCAUCCUCGUUGCAAAUAUAGGAAGCUACAUGGGUGGUGUUGAUCUUUGGCAAAAUGAGGAUGAAACUUAUGAUAACUUCGACCCACAGUCUAUGCAUGAUAAAAUACUAGAGGUUGUGAGCAUUUCGGGGACAUGGCACCUUGGAAAGCUUCAGGUUGGGCUUUCCCGUGCUAGAAGACUUGCUCAGGGACAGUCAAUUAAAAUACAACUAUUUGCCGCAUUCCCUGUUCAAAUUGAUGGAGAACCUUGGUUUCAGCAGCCGUGUACUCUAGCAAUCUCUCAUCAUGGGCAGGCGUUCAUGUUGAAGAGGACAGCCGAGGAACCUCUUGGUCAUGCAGCUUCCAUAAUCACUGAUGUGCUUGAGAAUGCUGAAACUAAUCAUGUAAUCAAUGCAGGACAAAAACGAGCCCUUCUGCAAGAAAUGGCUUUGAGGUUGUCGUAGAUAUCACUCUGGUCACUCCUAGCGAUUGUUGUUUUUGAUUGCAGCUGCUCCUCAUUUGUUCUUUUCAAUUUGUUCUCUUUUAUUUUGCUUUCCUUGUUCUGGGAUUUUGAUUAUUAUGUUUUUGAGCUGUACAAAAAGUAGUGAGCAUUAACCACAAGUUAAUGGAAGCUACAAUUGUGUUUUUCUUAUCUAGAAUAUGUAUUGUAGGCUCUUGAUGUUCGUUUUCUUUUGUAUCUCAAUUUAUUUGCAUGGUACUUGACCAGUUUUUCUCCUGCUA